AUUUAUCCCUUUGACGUGUUUCUUCAACAUGUUCUCAUUUCCUUUCACACUUUGACCAACACUUUAUUCAAGAAAAUUCCCAGAUGAAGAAGAAAAACUACUACUUCAUUCUCCUUAAAUUACAACUUCAAAUUUUCUUUUUAUAUAUGCUACUCCCAAAUAUUUUCCAUAAUACCACUCUUAUUCUCUUACAUCUUCUCCAAAUUAUUAUGAAGACUGCUGUUAAAAAUUUGAUCUUUUUCUACUGUUUCUGCUUCUCUCUGUCGGUUUGUGCUCUCAGUCCUGAUGGCACAGCUCUACUUUCCCUUUUUAGUCACUGGACUGAUGUAACCUCUUCUAUCAAGUCUUCUUGGAAUGCUUCAGAUUUCACUCCUUGUUCUUGGGUUGGUGUUGAAUGUGAUAACAACCACUUUGUCACCUCUUUGAACCUCUCUGGUUAUGAUAUCUCUGGCCAAUUGGGACCUGAAAUUGCUUAUUUGAAGAACUUGCGUACCAUUGAUUUGGGGGUUAAUGCUUUCUCUGGCUCCAUUCCUUCUCAGCUCACAAAUUGCACUCUUCUUGAUUACUUAGAUCUGUCCUAUAACACAUUUACUGGAGAAAUCCCUUCAAAGAUUGGAAAUUUACACAAAUUAACCUACAUAAGCCUCUACUCUAAUUCAUUGACUGGUAAUAUUCCUGAUUCCUUGUUUUCUAUACCACAUUUGAAUACUAUCUACUUAAGCCAAAACAGGUUAAAUGGUUCCAUCCCAUCCAGCAUUGGUAACUUGACUCAGCUUUUGUCUCUCUUUCUUUAUGAGAAUCAGUUGUCCGGUCCAAUUCCGUCUUCCAUAGGAAACUGUACAAACUUGCAAGACUUGUAUUUGAAUGAGAAUCAUUUAGUUGGUAGUUUGCCUGAGAAUUUAGAUAAGCUAGAACACCUUGUUUAUUUGGACUUGAGCAAUAAUAGUCUAGAAGGAAGUAUCCCUUUCAGUUUAGGUAACUGCAGAGAUCUUGACACUCUGGUCUUGUCAUCCAACAGUUUCAAUGGGGAACUUCCAUUAAGUUUGAUGAAUUGUUCUAACUUAAAAGUUCUUGCUGCUUAUUCUUCUGGUUUAAGUGGCCCCAUUCCUGCUUCUCUAGGCCACCUCACAAAGUUGGAGAAGCUUUACCUUACUGACAACAAUUUCUCUGGAAAAAUACCACCUGAGCUGGGGAAGUGCCAGGCCUUGCUGGAAUUACAUUUACCGGAAAACCAACUGGAAGGUGAAAUUCCUAGUGAACUAGGGUCACUCAGCCAGUUGCAGUAUCUCUCUCUAUAUUCCAACAAAUUGAGUGGUGAGAUUCCCCGCACUAUUUGGAAGAUUCAAAGUCUUCAACAUCUUCUUGUCUAUCGGAACAACCUGACUGGGGAGUUACCUCUUGAAAUGACUGAGUUGAAACAAUUGAAGAACAUAUCCUUGUUUGACAACCUGUUUACUGGAGUUAUACCUCAAGGUUUGGGGAUUAACAGCAGUCUAACACUGCUGGAUUUCACGAACAACGCCUUCACAGGUCCUGUUCCACCUAAUCUUUGUUUUGGCAAGAAACUGGAGAAGCUUUUGUUAGGUUAUAAUCAUCUCGAAGGUGGCAUUCCUUCUCAAUUAGGGAAGUGUUCUACUUUGAAGAGAGUAAUUCUCAAAAAGAAUAAUCUCUCUGGUGUCAUUCCAGAUUUUGUUAAGAAUACAAAUCCUAUUUUCUUGGAUCUCAGUGAGAAUGGAUUCAGUGGGAAAAUACCCUCAAGUUUGGCAAAUCUUGGAAAUGCUACGUCAAUUGACUUAUCAGUGAAUAAGAUCUCAGGGUUUAUACCACCAGAGCUGGCAAACCUUGUCAACCUCCAGGAUUUGAAUCUGUCGUACAAUGUUUUGGAAGGUGUACUUCCAUCUCAACUUUCAAUCUGGCAGAGACUGUUCAAGUUUGACGCAAGUCAUAAUCUGUUGAGUGGAUCGAUCCCAUCCACAUUUGGAACCUUGGGAGAGCUAUCCAUUUUGAGUCUGAGUGAGAAUAAUCUUUCAGGGGGUAUUCCCACCUCCUUGUUUAAACUCAAGAAGCUCUCCUCGCUGCAGCUUGGUGGAAAUGCACUUGGUGGCGAAAUUCAUUCAGCAAUUGUGACUGCAUCAAGAGAAACACUGAGGUUGUUAAAUCUGAGUAGUAAUGGGUUGACAGGUGAACUUCCUGCAGAGCUAGGAAAAUAUACUUUCCUGGAGGAGUUAGAUAUUGCUGGCAAUAAUUUUUCUGGAACUUUAAGAGUUCUUAAUGAAAUGCGUGCAUUGAUCUUCGUCAAUGUAUCACACAACCUCUUUUCUGGUCCAGUGCCUGCAAAUCUGAUGAAGUUCCUAAACUUAACUCCUACCUCUUUCUCAGGAAAUUCGGGCCUUUGCAUGCACUGUGAUCCAGAAGAAGGUUCAAAUUGCCCUCAGAAUAGCACUAUAAGGCCCUGUGAUCUUCAAUCAAACAAUGGAAGACACCUCAGUGGAGCAGAAACGGCAAUGAUUGCACUUGGGGUACUCAUAUUUACCAUUUCCUUAUUCCUAGUAAUUGCUUACAUGCUUCUGUGGCGCAAAACUUCUGGGAAAGGAAUUGCAAUCUCUGCUCAAGAAGGUGCAUCAUCCCUGCUUAAUAAAGUAUUGGAAGCUACGGAGAACCUAAAUGAUAAGUAUGUCAUUGGGAAGGGAGCACAUGGAAUUGUAUAUAAGGCCAUCUUGGGUCCAGGGAAAGUGUAUGCUGUGAAAAAGCUGGUUUUUGUUGGUAUAAAGGAUGGAAGCAGAAGUAUGGUUAGAGAAAUUCAGACAAUUGGAAAGGUUAGACACCGCAAUCUUGUCAAAUUAGAAGACUUUUGGCUGAGAAAGGAUUAUGGACUGAUUCUUUAUAAUUACAUGGAGAACGGGAGCCUUCAUGAUAUUCUCCAUGAGACUAAGCCACCUGUAACAGUAGAAUGGAGCAUUCGGUACCGAAUUGCUAUUGGAACUGCUCAAGGGUUGUCAUAUCUCCAUUUUGACUGUGAUCCUGCCAUCGUGCAUCGAGAUAUAAAGCCCAUGAAUAUCUUGUUGGACUCUGAUCUGGAGCCUCACAUAUCAGAUUUUGGCAUUGCCGAGCUUCUGGAUCAGUCUGCAGCAACUUCCGCCUCCAAUACCCUCCAGGGUACAGUUGGAUACAUGGCUCCAGAAACUGCAUUUGCAGCUACAAAGAGCAAGGAGUCAGAUGUUUAUAGUUAUGGUAUUGUCCUGUUAGAACUUAUUACUCGAAAGAAGGCAUUGGAUCCUUCACUCUAUGGGGAUACAGAUAUUGUGAGUUGGGUUAGGUCUGUUUGGAUAGAAACUGAAGAAAUUGAGAAGAUUGUGGAUCCAAGCCUUGUAGACGAAUUCAUCGACUCAAGUGUCAUGGAACAAGUAAUUGAAUUGCUUUCACUGGCUCUUAGAUGUACAGAUAAGGAAGUCAGCAAAAGACCCUCAAUGAAAGAGGUAGUCAAGCUAUUAACAAGGUCAAGUUCGAGUAUACGAAGCAAGUACUAGCUAGCAUGACAUGUAGUAUCUGAUGUAUCAGUCAGAGGGGAUUCCAUAUAAACUUCAGAUGUGUUGUAGGUACAAUUUUUGAAUCCCUGUUACAAAAUGCUGUCUGUAGGUUGAGUCUCUUUUUAUUGGUAGAUGAUGAUAGAAAUCUAUGUACUGCUGCAGUUUAGGAAGAAUAGGUGUUAGCCUUGUAGCUGUAAAUGUUUUUCUUCAUCACAUGUACAUGGAUGAAAACUAAGAUAUGUUCAUCGUGGUUAAUCAUAUUCUCAGCAAAAAGCAAUUCCUUUUGCAAUUCUUAGCA